AGGGGUUGGGUGAAUAUGGGUUGGGUGAAUAUGGGCUUUGGUGAAGGUGGGCUUGGGCUAGGGGGUGGGGCGGGUAGGGCUGUGGCCCAAGUAACCCGGGGGAGGGGGAGGGAAAUGUCCAGGGAUUCGGGCCCGAGGGAUGCUGCUGAUUGCCGCCGCCACGACCUCGACCGCCGCCGCGACCCAUGCCGCGGUUGCCGCCUCCACCGCCACCGCCGGAGCCGCCACCAUAUCCGCCGCCAAAUCCGCCGCUGCUCCUAGAUCCGCCGUAGCCGCUGCCUCAGUCUUGCCGAAAUUGAACUUGACUGCGGAUGUCGUGAGGGAGGCCUUGAAGAACCUGGAGCACAAGGGCAUGUUCGGUGACAGGGGCAUCCGCAUCGUUAAGAUACUCGGAGAGGUUCUUGAGAAGGCGACAAUAUUCGUUAAUGGAGAGUUGGUCCUUCACAGUUGUACAGAAACAGUGCUCCAGUUGCAUCACCCGGGCAUGCUUAUUGUCGUGAAAGAGAUUGUAGAUUGCUGUCCACAGGGCAUGAGCAGAGAGAUUGUUGGCGAGCACAAGCAUCCACCUUACCACCCACAUCAGAACCCAAAUGAUGAUGACUACCAAGUCAACAAUGGGUCUGACUACUAUCCCUACCAUGAGGAACCACCAUAUGAUAUCCCGUCUAGAAACUUUGGAUAUUCUCCAUACAAGGAUUCUGAUGGAGAUAAUUAUUAUGAACCUCAUGGUGACCAAGAUGACUAUGACCAAUCUGGGCCUAUGUGCGACGAUCAAUCUGAUCCACUCGUCGAAGAGAUCAUAAGAUUAGAACAGAAAAUCUUCUAUUUCGACGAAGUUUUAUUCGCGGAAGGCUCGUGGUACGAACCACCUUACUCCCGUGACUACACUCUGUUUGCUGAAGAACAAAUCAAAGCAAACAAGGUGGCAAUUCGAGAAAGAGCAAAACUUCUUGAAUCAGCCCGGAAGGAAAUGGAGUUUGAAAGGAGAUUAUGCGAAGAAUCAGAAAGGAUGCAGAAAAUGCUGGACGACUUCCAAAGAGAGAGACUAGAAGUCGAGGCUAAGGCUGAUGAAUUAGUCAAUGAUCUCUGUAAGGCUAUUGAGCUUAAACGCUCCCUCCAAUCUCAAGAUAAAAUAAGGGAGGUUAAUGCUCAAAAAGGGGCUUUAGAACCCAAUACCAAAUCUGAAACUUUCAACCAUCAGGUUCCGGUUCUAGAAGAUUCACCGAGUUCUACACCAUCACAGAAACCCAAGAGCAUAAAAACUCUCGCUAGGGCUACUGUGGUGAUGUUACCUGAAUCCCUGCCUAGCCAAGUCCCAACCAGCAUAGUCGUACAGAAGGUGGAACAAACUGAAGGACCUGACUCAGAACCACCUAUGCUUAUUCAAGAACAGAAGGAGGAGGAAGUUUUGCCUAUGGCAAUAAGCGACCAUCUCCUUAAUUGUGUUGAAGACACACCUCCAGAGGAACCUGUUCUGGAGGAGAUAGAGCCCACUACCUACCCCCAAGAUUCCAACGUUCAAGAGUCUGAGGAGGAAUCUAUAGACGAAGAAAUACCUAGCAUAGAGGAACCAAUAACGUCUAUAGAUAAUCAUGCUUCAUCAAAAGACUUAGACCAAACUUUCUUUGACUCCCUACUUGACGGGUUUGAUUUUGUCUGCCCGAAGGAUAGUUGGAGCCAAAAGAGUUGGGAUGAACUUCUGGUAAGUGACACAGAAGACUCGUCUGUGAGGGAAAGCAUGGUCGUAAUCAUCAAACCACAAAUGGAUAGUCAACCAAUUACAGAUAAGGAAAAAAUCGAUUUCGCAAUCAAGGCUAAUGAUGUGGAUCUACUGAGAAGACUUCCGCCCCCACCCACCUAUACAAAGUCUCCUCUAUAUAUCCUGUUGCCACCAAGCCGCAGGAAUGAGUCAAGGAUCCUGGACCUUGACCGAGCAAAAACUCAAACAGGGUGGCAUCAGAAGAGACUCAGAAGGGCUAAACUUUAUGACUCUCGGAUUGGAAAGUCACGGAAAAAGUGGGGCAUACCUUACAGUGGGAGCGAAGAAGAGGUCUCACCUGGGGAAAACACUAGGUUUCUGCAACCUUCGAGGCUUCUUGAUCCAAAAGUCCUGGUUGAAGUUGGCUACUGAGAGAAUAUUCACUUCCUCAGUAAAGUCUCUUUUUCUCU